AUGGACGUAAAUCAAUCCACGUCAACAGAAACGAACGGGAACAGUGGACUUUUCAGCAAAGGUAUUGAAUCAUUUGGCUCAUGGACUAAUGAUCUCGAAACUCUGAACAAAGAAUUCAAUGAUGCCAAACCAUUUCCGAAUGUUCAAAUCAAUGAUUUCUUCAAACCAGAAAUCGCCGAUGCACUUUACGAAGUAUUUCCAAAAGUUAGCGAUGAUCAUAAGUGGAUUGUCUAUCACAAUCCAAUCGAGAAGAAGCAUGCUUUAACCGAUUUCUCCUCACUACCCGAAUUCAAACAAUUAUUUGCUCUGCUACAAACUAAAGAAUUCGUUGAUAUUAUCAAACAAAUCAGCGGAAUUGAUAAUUUAGAAGCCGAUCCGCAUCUCCACGGUGCUGGACUUCACCAACACGUUCCCGGUGGUAAACUCGAUAUGCAUUUAGACUACAGUAUUCAUCCUGUAACAGGCAAAGAACGCCGAGUGAAUUUAAUUAUUUAUUUUACUAAAGAUUGGAAAGAAGAAUAUGGUGGAGCGAUUGAACUAUGGAAUGAAGAUUUUACAAAAUGCGAAAAGAAAUUAACUCCGUGUUUUAAUACAGCAAUGCUUUUUCGCACAUCGGAUGUGUCGUAUCACGGUUUACCUCUCCCGAUUAAAUGUCCCGAGGGUAAUUCCCGCAAAUCAAUCGCGAUUUAUUAUGUCUCAGAUCCUCGUCCAGAUCUGACGAAUAUUCGUUAUAAAGCACAAUUCCGUCCAUUGCCAACUCAGCCGGUGAAUGAAAAACUUGAGCAACUCUAUCGUAUUCGUGAAAAACGUAUUAUAACCAAAGACGAUUUGGAAACGAUCUAUCCCGAUUGGCAAACCGAUGGCAAUGGAUUUUGGUGA